ACAAAAAUGCUGAGUUGGUGGCAAGGUGGUUCUACUGUGCUAUGAGUCAAGAGAAGUUAUGUCGACCAAUUGUAGCCUGUGAGCUAGGCAGGUUGUAUAAUAAGGAUGCCAUCAUUGAAUAUUUGCUGGACAAGUCAGCUGACAAAAUUCCUUUGGAAGCUGCAUCACAUAUCAAGAGCAUUAAGAAUGUAACUGAACUAAACCUCGCGGAUAAUCCAGCUUGGAGUGGUGAUAAAGAGAGUAUCAAAGGUGACAAGUAUGAUGACAUGCAGUCUGCACGCUUUAUAUGCCCUGUGGUGGGACUGGAAAUGAAUGGAAAACAUAGGUUUUGCUUCUUGAGAAAUUGUGGCUGUGUGUUCUCUGAACGUGCUCUCAAAGAAAUUAAAUCAGAAGUUUGUCACAAGUGUGGCGUUCCCUUUCAAGAAGAAGAUGUGAUUAUCCUCAAUGGUAAUAAAGAAGAUGUGGAAGUGUUGAAGAAAAGAAUGGAGGAUAGAAGACUUAAAAGUAAAUUAGAAAAGAAAUCAAAGAAAUGUAAGUCAGCAGAAUCAGCUUCUCAGCAGGAUACCGCUGAAGAUUCUCCAGGUCCAUCAAAGGCUAAGAUUGGAAAGGAUGGUGUCAAUGCCAGUUCUGGGGAAAAAAGGCAGAUUAUCUUCACCAAAGGUUCAGAUAAUGGAAAUUCAUCUGUACCAGGAAAAGCCAAUAAGGCUGCUUCUGCUACGAAGAGAUCCAUUGCAGACAGCGAGGAGAAAUCUGAGGCAUACAAAUCUAUUUUUACAUCACACAGCUCAGCAAAACGUCCAAAGGAAAAGAGUUCCAACUGGGUUACUCACACAGCAUACUGUUUCUGAAACAAUGAUGAGCCUGAUUGUAGCAUUCAUUACUGCCUUCCUUCCCUAAGGCUUUUUCUGUAGACUCUGAUACACAACUUCUGCUGCAAUCUGAUGUUGUCUGGAAUUACUCACUUUCUAAGUUGUUUAUAAACUUGUGAAUAACUAAUGAACUUGUGUUAGUGGCAACUUCUCUGAAAUAAGGACUAGAUCACCAG